AUCAUUCGAUUCGCAACACUUUGGUGCUUUGGAUACCUUCAAAUUACAACGACCUUUUAGUUAGUGAAAAUGAACUGUAAAGUGAUCUGUGUUGUGCUCUCCCUGGCCUUUGUUGCCCUUGCCGCUGCCGGGCCAGUGGUCGACGACAAAGGACAUAUCGAAAAUUCGGUACUGCCCGAGCAGAGCAGCAUUGAGGAGUCUUUACUAAAAAAACUUAACUCAAAAUGCGCAAAAAACGAUUUUAGCUCCUGCAUGAUGUUGAAACUGGUCACAUAUUUCAAUAGAAUGCUGAAAAAAUCGUCCAUCGAUUUGGGUGAAGUUCAGAUCGAGCAAACCACCCCUAACGAUAAGGUUGUGAUCGAGACGUCUAGAAGCCUCCUAGAUGCGUCUGAAGAUGCCCAAUUAAGCCAAGUUAUUGCCGACAAAAUCUUCCGUUUUGCUAGUACUAGAAGCCUUAAAUGGCAGGUGGUUGAUGGAGCUGACGUUGUAGUUUCCGGUAGCCAGGCUAAGGAUGGUGGUUUGAACAUGGGACUAUCCCUGAAACCCAGUGAGUCCUCUGAAAACGGCGAUGCCCGUAAAAAGAAGGGUAACGAUGGCAUGGGAGCAAUAAUCGCUGCUGCAGUCAUGAAGAUUGGUCUCCUGAAAGCUUUAGCAUUCAAAGCUUUAGUACUCCUCGUGGGAAAGGCGCUCUUGGUCAGCAAGCUGGCUCUUGUACUGGCUGCCGUCAUCGGUCUUAAGAAGCUCUUGCAUCAAGAGAAACACGUGACCUACGAGGUCGUAGCUCAGCCACAUCACGAGCACCACGAAGAACACCACCCAAGCGGCGGUCACGAGUCUUAUGGAGGCGGUUGGGGCAGGAACUUCGAUGCCAAGGAUGCCCAAAAGAUGGCGUACAGCGCUCAAAUUCCCCCUCAAUAAAUAGUCAAGUGAUCUACCCCUGUGGAACACCAUAUUGGUGUUUCGUUGUUUUGUAAUUUAAAUUAUUUAUUUAAUAUUUAUUUUUUGUUUUGUACAUCACUGAAAUUCUUUAUUUAUGUUUUUUUUAUAAAAAUAAUUAAAAGUUA